AGCAUCUUUCAUUCCAUUCAUCGUGGAGGAGCAGCGAUGACACAGGGGGAGGACGCCAACGUUCAAGGAGGGAGGGACUCCGUCAAGACAAGGGACUCGAGAUCAAGACCGCAAAGUCACAUAGGAGCCAGGGCAUCUGACUUCAAGGGGCCCCCUUGGAUGAACCCCGGAGUUGAUGUCACCAACGCGCUGCUGAAACAGGAGUUUGAGACGAUGAUGAAGAAGAAGAGGGAGGAUGAGUACUACAACCAGAAGCUCAAUAUCCAGAAGAAGCCGCCAGUGGAAAAUCUCCCGAAGAAGACAUGGAGGUUCUACAUGCACGUCGGAUCCAACGGGAACUUGUGGAGUGACCUCGAGCGGAUGCCGGCGGAACGCAGGCAUCUGGUUUUAACCCCGACUGUGAUGAAGGGGCAAGAAGAGCAUAUCAAGCAUGUUCAGCGACAUAUGGAGCAGGAGCUGGUCAGUCAUAUUGACAGGAUAGAGAGGGUCAACUGUGAGAGGAGUAUACGGAGGUACGCGCUGCAAGAGCAGCAGAUGAAGAACAUAGAGAUCUACAUGCGAGCAAGACAGAAACGCCCCUUCUCAGCGCAUGCUGCAUUGCUGUCGCAACAUAUCAGAACAGCCGAAACGGGCGAAACUUCUACCCAGGUGGCGCCUGAGCUCGCAGCGAGGACCAUCCUUACCCUGCACCUUCAGGAGCAUGAGGGCACCUGCCAGAAGGAGAUCCAUGGUAGAGACCUGGAGGCAUCAGCACAGGGACGAGCCACGAGUUCUCUGUGGAAGGCGAAUGAGUUUCAUGAGGUGCAGCGCCCUGCGUCAGCUCUACCCGGGAACGUCUUCAAGAAGUUCGCUUUCACCACCCAGCUGAACCCAGAGCAGUGGAGUGAGGCGACUAGGAGGCAUGGCAUCUGCUUCCCGAUCGCAGCUCGUGACGUUGCUGGCAGGAGGCUGCGGACGCGGGAAAGAAUGACGUGGGAGAUCAACCGACCAGACCUUGCUGAGCAUGCCAACGCACUGGCAGAGCAGAAGGCGGUACUGGAGGAGGAGUACCUGACGGCGAAGCAGAAGGAGCUGCGGGACAAGCGGACGCUGGUCAUGCAGACGAUGAAGGAAAGACAGUCAAAAAGAGCUGAGCUUGAGCUCAAGUCAGGGCAGAUCAAGAGCAGGAGGUAA